CACGCGUCACAAACGAUAAAUACAAACGCCCAAACCAAAUCUGUCAGAUAAUCAUUCAUCCCCACAUUCACACUACCUCUUCAUCAAAUGGCACCUAAACCAGUCUCCACCGCCUCAAAGGCCCCUGCUUCCACUGCUGCCUCAAAGGCACCUGCAAAGACUACAGACAAGGCAAAGAAGGCUACAAAGACUUCUGCUGCUGCUGCUGCCGGGCCUGAUGGUGAAAAGAAGAAGCGUCGUAAAGUCCGCAAGGAGACCUACUCCAGUUACAUUUACAAGGUGUUGAGGCAGGUGCACCCUGAUACCGGUAUCUCCAACAAGGCAAUGGCCAUCUUGAACUCAUUUGUCAACGAUAUCUUCGAGCGCAUCGCAACGGAAGCAUCUAAACUCGCUGCUUACUCCAAAAAAUCGACAAUAUCUUCUCGGGAGAUUCAAACAUCUGUACGACUUAUUCUACCUGGUGAACUUGCCAAACACGCCAUCUCGGAAGGCACCAAGAGUGUCACCAAGUUCUCGAGCUCAUCAGCGAAGUAGGCUUAUACUUGAUUGUUCUACUGUUAUCUCGCUGGACAGCAUGCGCUGUUGUAUUGUAGAUGUACCAUUUACAUUAUUUUAAUCUACUCUUUCGAUUUGGAACUUGCCAAGUGCGCGAACUUUUCAAGUAAUCAAUAGUGAGCUCCAUGGCGAGCGUCCCUAGAAGUUACCACCGAUAUACAGUAUAUGCUUGGUGACAAAGU